CGCAGACCCAACGAGCACAGACCCAACGAGCCCCAUCCCUGGUGAGCCCAUUCCCCGGCGAGCACAGCCCCUGCGAGCCCAUUCCCAAGAGGCCUUUCGGUUUGUGCCUUCCUUCGUUUCGGUGGCCGGGAAGUGAGGUCUGGUUCCCCAGCUCGGGGGCGUCUCUCUCUCUCUCUCUCUCUCUAAGAUAAGCUAGGGUUCUGUGACUGCAAGUCAAGAAUUUGCAAUUUCACGCACGCCAACAAAAAAGAGAACAAUACGAGGUAGAUAAUUUUUGUUGAGAGAAUCGAAUCGAGCAUGGACGAAACUAUGAAGGAAUUUCAGCAACAAUUAGUCGAGCUCGAGACUGAAGCAGAGCGUCUUCUUCUUGCCCGUCACCAGCUAGUUGAAAAUGAUAAAGGGAGGAAUGGGAAUAGAGAAGCCCUCACAGCUCUGAGGAAAAGGGCUAGAACGACAAAGACUAGUAUUCUGUCACCCUUUGAGUCAAUAAUGAGGGAGAUUGGGGGACCGGAAUCGAGACCUUUAGUUAAGGAAGUAUGUUCAACUUGUGGCAACCAUGACUCCAGUGAACGAACAUGGAUGAUGUUCCCGGGAACUGAUGUCUUUGCCAGGAUUCCCUUUCAUGCUGCUCAUACCAUCUUGGAGACAGAUCAAGAACGGCUCGACUUUGAAGCUAAGAACCUCCAAACCUAUGUGAAGGAUAAGUCCCUUUUGAUAUCAGAAAGAGGUGCACUUGCUGACAAGAUUAGUCCAGGGGUACUCAAAUCUCUCGUAACUCUGACGGACAAGAGAAAUUAGAGGUUUUACAUUUUUAAUGAAGUCAAAACUCAUCUGGUCAACUGGGGAGAUGAGGAAUCCAGAAAUAUAUGGAAGAGUGAGAGAGACCUAUGCAGUCCAUAGUGGAUGAGCUUCACCUACUUUGUCCAACAAUAUUACAAUGUGACUUAUUUUUCUCUAUGAGGUAUUAAUUUGAGGCAGUAGUUUUGGAAAGUUGAACUCCACUUUA